AUGUAUGAGAAGAUUGCUGCGGAUACCAUGAUGGAAAAGGAGCCAUGGAGGUACAAUGCGUACCUGAAGAGGCUCUUGCAGCGUGUGGACGACGGAGGGCUGAGUCCCAUCAACAUGCACAUCUUUGAUGGCAUGGAGAAGGGCGUCGCGGCAUUGCAGUUCCUGCAGAGGGCCAACAACAUCGGAAAAGUCGUCAUCAGCUCGCCGAGUCGCUUGCUCUGCACUGCGGAGCAAAUGCCAGUCCUGUCUGGCGGCCUUGGUGCGUUGGGAGUGGUCACAGCACAGUUCCUGGUCGAGGAAGGUGCCAAAGCUCUGUGCCUGCUGUCGCGCAACGGCCAGCCAGCUAAGGAUGUUGGACCCCAGUGGUCGUGGCUCCAGAAAUCUGCUGUGCAGCUCCGCAUCGAGAAAUGUGACGCUGGAAAGAAGGAGUCCGUGACGGCCUUGCGUGAUGCGCUGGCAGGAAGCACUCUGGGAGGUCUGCUGCACCUUGCUGGGGUGCUGGCAGAUGGGGUCCUGCCAAGUCUCAACCGCGAGAGCUUGGAUAGAUCCUACGGCCCCAAGGUGCAUGGCCUCUUCAACUUGUGCCGCAUCCUGGAUUUCCACAGAGCGGCGCCUCACUUGCUGUUCUCUUCCACCUCGGCACUCUUCGGAUCACCAGGCCAGGCAAACUAUUCGGCCUCAAAUUCGGUGCUUGACGCCUUGGCGCCCUUCCUGAGUUCGCAGGACCCGGAUGGAGGCGACUUCCUCUGGCGAAAUGCCCGGUCGGUCCAGUGGGGACCCUGGGCCGAGGUUGGCAUGGCGGUGCAGGCAAACACGCUGGGACGCGCAAAGUCCAUGGGUGUCGGUGCGUUGACCAAUGCCCAGGGGCUCGCCAUCAUGAGCAGUAUCCUCAGCAGCUCCAACCUCUUGGUUGGUGCCGUGCCGGUGCGUUGGGGCAAGUAUCUGAAGAGCGCCUACCCGCAAGUGCCCAGCUUCCUCAAGGACUUCGAAGCCGAAGCCAAGAAGGAG